ACGUGCGCUCUUCUGACUUUUGGUAGGGUCGAGUGUCUUAUCUGCAUGAACGAUGAGGUGCCAAUCAACAAGACGGCUAAACUUGGCUGCGGCCACCAUAUGUGCCAUUCUUGUCUCAAGCGACAGUUCACCCUGUCGGUAUCUGACCCACAGCAUAUGCCGCCAAAGUGCUGCACCGAGGAGCACAUCCCUCUCAAGCAUGUCGACCGUUUGUUCGACGAUAAAUUCAAGAGACUUUGGAAUAAGAAAUAUCAGGAGUAUACGUCGUCUAAUCGUAUUUACUGUCCCAUGAAGGGGUGCGGAGAGUGGAUCAAGCCAUCCAAGAUUAAACUCGAUAUGACCACUGGUCGCAAGUACGCACGCUGCGGCCGUUGCAGCACGAAGGUUUGCGUGCUGUGCAGCAGCAGAUUCCACACGCGGCGGGAGUGUCCUCGAGAUGAGGAGACCAAUCGCAUCGUCCAGAUGGCCAAAGACCAAGGCUGGCAGAGGUGUUACAAGUGCAAGGCAAUUGUUGAACUCAAGGAGGGUUGCAACCACAUGACUUGUCGCUGUACGGCCCAGUUCUGUAUGAUGUGUGCCUUACCUUGGAAAACAUGUAAUUGCCCAUGGUUCACCUACCAAAAUCUGGACGACGAAGACCGACUAAACGAUAUGCGAGUUCCCACACAUGAUGUAGUGGAAGUGAUCGAAGAAUUCUCCGAGCCCGAACCAGCACCCGUUCGAAGAAGCAGCACCAGAGUCCGCCAUCGUGGAGAGCGAGAUGGCGAUCGUAUAGACGAGAGUUUGGCAGGACACCUACGUUCCCAGCUCAGGAUGGGGCCGACGCCAGAGAGGUCAGAUAUGAGCAGAGGAGAACCAGCAGCGCAAGUCUAUGGUCUGGGUAAUUCAGGAGGCCAUCAUAUGAAUGAGUCCUACGCGGUGCGACCCCUUGCGACGGCAGCAGCUCGAGCAGCAACCCGCACGACGACUCCACGGUUUUUCAGCCGCCGCACUAGUGUGCGCGAACCCCCACGGACUGUCCGUUCCGCAGCACCUGUGGCCACGGCGUCAGCGAUGGCCGGACUCUCCCGCGACGGCACCAAGCGCGGCGCAAACCGAGUCGGAACAUGGCUCACCCAUGUUCAAGUAGACGCCGAGGCGAUUGCGACAGCCCCGCGAGGUGUCGAAGUGGACGAUUGGAGAUGGGAGGGAUCGGUCGCCGGGAUUGACUGAUCGUGCAGCAUAUUCUUUUUGAUUUGGACAUCCAUUUACACCAAGCGAGCGCGCGCGCAAGUCAAAUGAACGUUUGUUUCAUUUCAUUUAUAAUUUGGACAUUUGAACGGAUCGCAUCUUGGGCCUUUGUAUGUAUUAUUGUUGUUGUUAUUUUGUCUUUCCCUUCUUUGGCAACGAACGUACGCAUAGAGCACGAUACCCACGACAUUUUAGAGAAAAUCAAUCUGCACCACCACCGAACAACGAUCUACAGAAUAUAAUACGUUUCCACUCUAGGUCACUACAACUGCUACAAUGCUCACUU